AUGCAUUUGUUCUUCCGCUGCCCUUUCGCACAACAAGUUUGGCGCCUGAUACCACUACUCCGACAGAUUCACAUAGCUGACGACUCCUCCUUCCAGCAGACUCUAGUUCUCUUCAGGAAGAGUAUAUGUCUCCCGCCUACAGAAAUCAAGGACCCUAUCCUCCCGUGGGUGCUCUGGUACCUCUGGAUGGCAAGGAACAGGUUGAUCUUUGAAAAUAUUUCUACGCCAGCUACUGAUACAGCCACAAAGAGCUUAUCUUUCGCUAGGGAAUGGAGUCAGGCCCAACCAAACUCGCAAUCAACGGUCUCCAAGCCUACAGGCAAUCACAUCGCCCCGCUUCAAUCGAAUCGGAGCCAACCCUCGACGCAGUGUUGGAUCGAUGCAGCCUGGGACGCCUCUACUUCUAGAUCUGGGGUCGCGUGGACCUUAGGGGACCUCCACCCCUUUGCUACUCGAUCGGGAUCGAGGGUAAUCGAAAACGUCUCCUCCUCCCUGGUGGCUGAAACCCUAGCGCUCAAACAGGGAAUCUCCAGCACACUAGCGAUGGGAAUCUCCAACAUAACCUUCCUAUCCGACUGCCAAAAGCUCACCAGAGCGAUCAACAGCAACUCGCCGAUAAGGGAAGCGUACGGUGUUUUUCAAGACAUCGCUUUUGCUUCCUCGUCGUUUGCAUCUUUUUCUUUAAAGUUUAUUCCUCGUUCAGAAAACAAAGAGGCUGAUCUGCUUGCUAAACAGGCCCUUAAAGCCUUCUCGAGUAUUUCUAGAUCUUCUCUUGAUGUAAUUCGGCCCACGGGCUAA